UGGUCUCGGGUUGUGGCAGAAAACGGGAAUUCCCCCACAAUAGCAUGUCAUUCCUAAGAAUAAACGUUUUUUUCUUCUUCUUCCUGCUUAGGCCAACAGGCAUAUUUAAGAAGGCCCCGCAAAAUUUCGAAGCUUCAUUUCAAAUGAUAUGAUAUGAUCACUGCUUGCAGAACUGACAGAAACAGAGAUUCAUUCGUCAUCUGAAAACUACAUACCGUCCUCUCUCGCUGUUUUCUCAUUCUCGUUAUCGAUCAACAGAAGUUUUGAGUUACACAGAGAAACACUUCUCCUAAGUUCUACACAAGAGCGGUCCUUGGUGUUAAACAAAGGGAGGCUAAAGAAAUAGAACCUACCAGUGACCACCUCCAUUCACAAGUUCGGUUGAUCUACAACAUUUAAAAUUAUGAAUACUGCAAUGAAUAAGCGAGACAAAGAGGGAAGCAAAUGGUCUCCAGACAGUGGGUUCUACGGGUCGAGGGGAAACUCUCUACUAAGCAUGAGUCUUGAGAGCGACCAUGACUGCAAACAACCCAAACAUGGUUUGGUCAUCAAAGCUGGAGUAAUGCAAGGCAACAAUGUUUCUGACGUUGUGAGUGCAACUUUCAAGGAUUUCGGAAACGGUACCCAAGUCCAAAAGCUUGUUGAUGGCGGUCAAGUUAUCGGAAGCGUAAAAGUAGAAAACUUACCACACUCCACCAACUCUAAAGCCCAAAAACCUGCUAAAUGCAAAGGGAAAAUCGUGCCCACAAACCCAAAAUAUCAGAUACUGGUGCUGAAUUUGAAUAAUGGCUGCAAGGAAUAUAGACCAGUGGUUCAGUCUGACUACACGGUGUGGCAUCUGAAGCAAAUACUGAGAGGGGUUUGGGGUACCCUCGAAUGUCAGCAGGUCCUGGUGUACGGCGGGAAAACCCUGGAUGAAUGCAAGACUCUGGGCUUCUAUAAAAUGCAGGACAUGUUCAAGACGAACGGCAAGGUGUACUUGACCACCAGGUUCCCAGCAGGGUAAUCAGACGCUCCCAGACGUGCCGACCACAGAGGACGGUACGACGACUCGACCAUGGUUCUGACCACGAGGCUACUUCUUAUACAUGAUGUACUAUUAUUACUGAAGAAUAACCUGAGCGCAAGGCUUUUUACAGGAGAAUAAUUCGAUUAUGAUGCUACCACAGUAGAAUCAACGGACCACGACGUUACUAUAAUUUGACCACGAGGCUACUUCAGGAAAAUAAAUGGCAAUGUCCUUUUAGUACUGGUA